CCUGUUUGUUUCACAACAUUGAUCAGAAGUCAGACUUCACGUCUCCUGAGCAGUGCACCGGUUUUAUUCCGUUAUAGACGCUGGUUUCCGUGUGUCGGACUUUUUAAAAGCAUGCGGUGGAAGUCGGGUCUGUCACCGCCGUUAUGGAUGAUGAUGAUGAUGGUGAUGUGCUGCUGGAGUUUGGUCUCCGGUGCGGCGCGCGGUGAACCAGAGACGCCUCACGCGGACACGCUGGACUUCGGCUUUGUCCCGGCGGUGGUGUACGAGACACACGCGUACUAUGAGCCAGGAGCCGUGGACGUCCUCUUUCACAUAGUGCACGCGUUUCUGUACACGGUGCAGCCAAACCCGUUCCCAGCAGAUCUCGUUGUCAAGAUUCUGCAACAAAACAUGAAGAGAAUCAAACCAGAGGAGCUCCAGAAGCCUGAGAACAUUGUCCUGACGCUACAGGCCAUUUAUUAUGAGAUCGGCUUCAUCGUGCUGGCAACCUUGGGUGUUGUGUUCGUGCUGCUGAUGCCACUGGUGGGUUUAUUUUUCUGCCUGUGUCGCUGCUGCGAGAACUGCGGAGGCGAGAUGCACCAAAGGCACCGCAAAAAUGCUGACUGCCAGCGUGGCUUCUAUACAUUCUCGCUCAUCAGCUCAACUGUGUUUAUCGCAGUGGGUGUACUGGUUGCCUACACUGGAAGCCACAACAUUACAUCCCAGAUGAAAAGUACCAAGCGACUCGUCAGCUCCAACAUAAAAGACCUGAAAUCACUGGCCAGUUAUACGCCAGCGCAAAUCGAGUAUCUGACUGCACAGUACACAACAGCCAAAAAUAAAGUUCUCUCUGAUCUAGACAACAUUGGGCUGUUGUUGGGUGGGCGGAUACACAAGCAGCUGGAUAGAGAUGUGACGCCAGCUUUAGACAAUGUACUGCGCAUGGCAGCAGCAAUGCGAGACACUAAGGAGGCUUUAGAGAACCUGAGCACAUCUUUAGAGACGUUACAAGAAGCAACUACCAAGCUGCGGAGGUCUUUACAGUCGGAGCGCAGUUCACUCUCAAACACGCUCAACGAUCCAGCCUGCAGCAGCGGGAACGCCACACGCGCCUGCAACAACAUCCGGGACGCGGUCAACCAGCUCGCUGUCGGCGCCGACUUUAACGGGCUACCGGAUGUCGGCCCUCAGUUAGCAAAUCUAGAAACUGUGAUGGAGACGGAUCUCAGCUACAUUGUUCAGAAGGGCUACUCUGCUUUUAAUGACACUUCCAGUAUAGUGAGCGAACAGACACAAGACAUUGUGGGCACACUACCCAAAGUGAAAGCUUUGUUGGAUACGUCAGAAGCAGAGAUUAUUGCUUUCACCAAUGCGUUCCCAGUGGAACCAGCGCUGGAGAACUUCACUCGGUUUCUGACAGAAACAGAGAAGGACAUAGAAGCAUUCUACCCACAGAUUGACCAGUUUGACUUUUACAGGUGGAUGGGGUGUGUGGUGCUGUGCUGCAUGGUCGUGCUGAUCCUGACUUUUACCCUUCUGGGUUUGAUGUGUGGAAUGUGUGGCCACGAUAAGAACACCACACCUACAACACGUGGCUGCCUCUCAAACACAGGCGGCAAUCUCCUCAUGGCGGGCGUUGGCUUUAGCUUCAUCUUUUCAUGGGUGCUAAUGGGAGUUGUGGUCACCACAUUUGUUACUGGAGGAAAUGUGGAGAAGCUCGUGUGUGAGCCUCUGGCCAACAGACAACUGUUUAAGAUCCUAGACACACCGUACAUGGUCCAUCCUGGCAAAAAGAACUUCCUCCCUGACAUGCUGUUUCAAAACCCCAACAUUGACCUUACCAUCGGCAGCCUGUACAGUGAGUGUUAUGAGAAUAAUGGGAUAUAUUCUGCACUACAACUCGAGAACCAGUUCCACUUCGUCCAGUUCAUCAACAGAACCGUGAAUAACCAUGACCUGGCAGCGAUAUUUGAGGAGGUAAAUGUAGACCUGGAAGGAAUAAUCCUGCUGGGGGAAGAAGGAAAAGACAAUCUCAUCAAUUUUGCUAAUGCAGGCCUUGGAGAAAUUAACUACGAGGCCUACCUUUCAGAGGUCAAUAAAGGAGUAACUGUCGUAGAUCUUCUCUCCUUUGCCAAUGAUUUGGAGGCCGAGGCAGACCGUCUGCCACGUGGUGCUCUCGGAAAUGCGCUAAAGGGCCACGCUAGCAGCAUCAGACAGAUCCAUAAAGAGCAAGUAGUGCCCAUGGAGCAAGCCAUGAGCUCAUUAAGUCAAAGCAUCAGGUUACUACAGACCACAGUCGAAGAACUUCCUACGAAAGUGACUAAUGUGCUGAGUGCCAUUGCUACAGCAGAGUAUCUAAUUGCCAACAAUGCCUCACAUGUGGUCAAAAAGGAGACAGAUAAAUACGCAAAGAAUCUGAUGGGAUACCUCAGACAAUAUGUUAACUGGGUUCAGCUUUCGUUAAUGAUGGAGGUAGCUCAAUGCAAACCCAUCAGUAAUAUCAUUGACUCGUUGGAGAUUGUUGGCUGCAGUUUCAUCGUGGACUCAGUGAACACAUUCUGGUUCGGUCUGGGUGGCUGCUGUUUGUUCCUUAUCCCCAGUAUCAUCAUGUCCGUCAAACUUGCCAAAUUCUACCGCAGAAUGGACACCGAGGAUGUAUUCGAGGAUGGCACAGAGAACUGGAGUUAAACAGUCCAUCAAUGUAAGAAAACCAUGUGCACUUGCCAGAGUUUGAUGACUAUAGAGAUUUUUUUAUUAGUGCUUUUUUUGCUCAUGAAUUAAUAUUUUCCUCUUUUUUCCAUCAGGGAGUGACCUUGGCGUAAUUUCGUUCCAAAAGAAGAAAAAAGAGGAUGAGGGGGGAAAGGGAAAUAUGCAGAAGGAGAUACUGAUUAUUUCCAUAAAGCCAAAUUGCAUCACAUAAGCUAUGAAAGCUGUCUUUAUCCCUGUUAUCCUCAGUUUUAAAACAAAAACAUACCUAAUACUUUGGACCAUUUGAUGCACUGCUGCUUAUAUAUUAAUAAUGAUCUAUGGUGUUCAAAAUAUCAUGAACAUUACUUUGUUUACUACG